GUAUUGCCUUUGAAAUCAGUGUGUGUUCUUUCUAUUGCUCAAGUACAUUGCAGUCCGACUUUUAAAGGGUGCAGAGCUUUCCAGAUUGUGUUGUAAUAAGAAUACCGCACCGAGUUCACGUCAAGUAUAUCAACAAUGAAGGCCAAUCUAGUUAUCUCUGCUCUCUUUUCCUCUCUUCUUCCCACAAUCAUUCACGCUCAAUCGUCCGGAACUGGUACAACAACCCGAUACUGGGAUUGCUGUAAAGCAUCCUGCGGUUGGUCCAAAAAAGCUACUCUAGCCACUGGUUCCAACCCCGUCGGUUCCUGUGAUAUCUCAAACAACCCACUCACCGACUACAAUGCUGUCUCUUACUGUGCUUCUUCCUCUGGUACUGCAUUUAUGUGUGGCGCACAAACACCUUGGGCAGUCUCAGAUACACUGAGUUAUGGCUUUGCAGCUACGACGAUCUCGGGUGGAACGGAAGCUAGUUGGUGUUGUGCAUGUUAUCAAUUGACAUUUACGAGCGGACCAGUGGCUGGUAAACAGAUGAUUGUUCAGGCUACUAACACAGGUGGAGACUUGGGAAGCAAUCAAUUCGAUCUUGCUAUUCCCGGAGGCGGUUUCGGUAUUUUCGAUGCCUGCACGCAUCAAUAUCCAUCAACCCCCGCAUCCGCCUGGGGCGCCCGAUACGGCGGUCUCUCCGACCGCACGCAAUGUGCCUCGCUCCCCGCCGCCCUCCAACCAGGCUGUUACUGGCGCUUCGACUGGUUCCUCAACGCCGACAACCCCGGCGUCACCUUCAAACAAGUCGCAUGCCCCGCUGCGCUCACCGCCAAAAGUGGUUGCGUUCGUGCUAACGAUGCUAUCGAUGAGACCCCCACAGGCCCAAGCGCAGUACCUACUUGGACGAGUGGCUCGGGCGGUUCUGGAUCUACUUCUUCAGCAGCUGUUAGUACGAGUAAGAGCACAAGUGUAGGUGCAACCAUAAGCACCAGUUCGACGACUACCAGUGCUGCCAGUGGCGGAACGGGCACACCAAUCGCGCGCUAUGCACAGUGUGGUGGUAUUGGAUAUUCGGGUUCCACAACAUGUGCGUCCCCUUACACAUGCUCGGUUUUGAACGCAUAUUACUCGCAAUGUGUGUGAGGAUUUGCUGGGAUGGAAGGAAAUGGAAAGAUAAAUAGUUAUUAGGCAUGUGAAUGGAUGGGUGGUUGGCUGGCUGGCUGGGAAGCAUAUCAGAAUUGUAUAUAUUGCGAUGGUUCUCUGCACAUAUGGAGGAGGGUUUUCAAUACUAUUACAUUGUUUCGAUACUGUAACUUCUGGGAUGUGCAAUUGGAUGUUGACCUCAGUAGGUAUGAACUAGUGCUUUAAUUCAUUGGGAUGGGAAACUUUGUGUUCAAGCUCAUGUGAUCUCGAAAUUGGAGUCUAGCCCA